GCCUCGGUCCUCCUGUGGGACCGGCAGCUAGCCUUUCUGUCCCUGGGCCUGCCUCUGUCUAGUUCAGCGGGGAGAAGCCGGGUGGCCAUUGGCUGGCCGCGGUGCCCCCGCCACCCCCUCCCUCACCCCGAGGCCUCAGUCUGACCAUCUGUGAAAUGGGCUAUCAGUGACCCGGGCUCACCCUGGGCACUGGCUCCGUCCUCUUCUUCCCAGUUGCGGGUCCGCAGGCCACGUCCUCAGGCUGUGCUCCCACUUCCCGGAGGGCCAAGCUGAUGGGCGAUGUCCCGGGAAACGGGGGGUGACUCGCAGCAGCAGUCGCAGCAGUCGCAGCCGCAGUCACAAAGUGCCUCCCAGUCCCAGCAUGCCUCUAGCUCCUCCUCUGGGGCUUCCCACAGUCAGUCCUCCCACUCCAGCUCAGGAACCAUCAGUUCCUUAGACACUGUUCCGACUCAGGACCUUCCUUCCAUUCCCGAGGACCAGGAGCCAGAAGAACUUGACCCUCAGCCCUGGGGUCGGCUGUGGGCUCUCGAGGAUGGAUUCUCUAACCUUGAUUGUGUGGAAAAUGACUACUGGUUCGGCAGAGACAGAAGGUGUGAGUACAGCUUUGACAAUCCAGGGCUUAAGAAAACAGACAAAUACCGCACGUACAGCAAGAAACACUUUCGGAUUUUCAGGGAGAAAGGGCCCAAGAACUCCUACAUUGCCUACAUUGAGGAUCACAGCGGGAAUGGGACCUAUGUAAACCGAGAGCUCAUCGGGAAGGAGAAGCGACUGCCGCUGAGCAACAACUGUGAGAUCGCCCUGUCCGUGCCCACAAACAAAGUUUUUGUGUUUUUUGAUCUGACUGUAGACGAUCAGUCUAUUUAUCCUAGUGAAUUAAGAGAAAAAUACAUCAUGUCAAAAACACUUGGAAGUGGCGCCUGUGGAGAGGUAAAGUUGGCCUUUGAGCGGAAAACGUGUAAGAAAGUCGCCGUGAAGAUUAUCAGUAAGAGGAAAUUUUCUAUAUGUGCCACGAGAGAGGCGGAUCCAGCUUUCAAUGUUGAAACAGAAAUUGAGAUUUUGAAGAAAUUAAAUCAUCCGUGUAUCAUCAAGAUUAAAAAUUUUUUUGAUGCUGAAGAUUACUUUAUUGUUCUGGAAUUGAUGGAAGGAGGAGAGUUGUUUGAGAGAGUUGUAGGGAAUAAAAGACUGAAUGAAGCUACCUGCAAGCUGUAUUUUUAUCAGAUGCUCCUCGCUGUAAAGUGUUCCAAAGCCCUUUGGGAGCAGCCAAUGCCUUCCCCAAGUUUGGAGACUGGCAGAAAAAGUACCUUUACUCCCCUUUUCCUGGGAUCAAUCCAUUACCUUCAUGAAAAUGGUAUCAUACACAGGGACUUAAAGCCUGAGAAUGUGCUUCUGUCAUCUCAGAAAGAGGACUGUCUUAUAAAGAUUACUGAUUUUGGGCAGUCAAAGAUUCUUGGGGAGACAUCUCUCAUGAGAACCUUGUGUGGCACGCCCACCUACUUGGCUCCAGAGGUGGUCGUCUCCAUGGGAUCUGCCGGCUAUACUCGGGCUGUGGACUGUUGGAGCUUGGGUGUCAUCCUUUUCGUUUGCCUUAGUGGAUAUCCGCCUUUCUCGGAGCACAAGACUCAAGUCCCUUUGAAGGAUCAGAUCAUCAGUGGGAAAUACAAACUCAUCCCAGAAGUCUGGAAAGCUGUCUCAGACAAGGCUUUGGAUCUUGUUAAGAAGUUGCUGGUAGUGGAUCCAGAGAAACGUUAUACAACAGAAGAAGCCUUGGCACAUCCAUGGCUUCAGGAUGAAGAAAUGAAAAGCAAAUUCCAUGCUCUGCUUAUGGAAGAAACUAAGUCACUGAAUCUACCUUCAAACCCUGCUCAGCUUUCCACAAGCAGAAAGCGUCCCCAUGAAGGGGGAGAAGAUGAAGCAGCCUGUUCAAAACAUUGCCUUGCCUCCACCUCCCUGCAGACAACGCUAUUACAAGAAGAAAGGGGGAAAAGUGACUUAUAACCUGCCUUUUCUUAGUCAUUUGGGGAUAAUUUUCUAUUUUUUAUAAAUGAUUUUUUUUAUAAAAUGGAAAAAUUGUUGAACAUAAUC